UGGGCGGAGCUGGACCGUCCUCCGGAUCGUCCGUGUCAAAUUAAACACCCUUCGUUAAGGAAUUGCUCCGGCUAGCCGCGAAUCGCACUCAGAAAUCAGUUCUCCGCGCCACCGAGCGCGAACUAGUCCGUGGAAGUUUCGAUCUCACCGCUGGGAGCUGUGGAACCUCCCUCGGGAACGAGCAGAAUCUUUCUUCAAACGAUCCUAGAGUUUUAGAGGAUUCAGAGAUCCCGUCGCGUAGUUCUUUCGAUGCGUGUCGCUUCGAAGUCGGCGGUUCGACCCUUACUUCGGGAUUCGAAAUGACGGAAAGGAAGGUGUGAUGCAGUGUGAUGAUAGUAACGUUGCACUCCGUAGUUGGUCUCUUGGAAGUCUUUGGAUGGAAUUUGGGAAAUUGUGAAGUGAUCCUUGAAGCGCGAGUUUCGAAGCUAAUCAGUGCAUUCGAGGAAGUAAUCGGAGACUUUAGUAUGGCAAUCCUUGGUAACAAGAAGAUGAGAAAGAUGUUAUUUUCGGAAAUCGUCCGGUUGAUGUAGUUCUACUGUAUUCAGUGGCGGAAAUUCAGUAAAGACUGUGAUAUCCUUCGCUUUAGAGGACGUCUUCUUUGCGGCUGCCUUGUUGGCAACACUAUAAGGCCAACAAGUCGUCAAGGGACAUGUAUAAGAAAGAUAUAAGCGUCAAAACAAUAACCGCAUGUUCUGAUCAUCGCCCAAUGGAGCCAACCAGUAGCUGCCAAGAUUAUCCGUGCAACGUCUCCAAGAGCUACGGUUGCGAGCUGCGAAGAGCGUACGAUCUAUGGAGCCCAGAAGAGAUCUUCCCGACUAUGUGUCCGUUGCCAAGCUACUACAGCCUUGUGCCGGACAUGCUGAACUCGAGAACAUUGCCCUUUUCCUGGAGCCUUCCCCUGAUAAGAUACAAGCCGCAGCCUCGAUACGAGAAACCGCCAUAUUCUUACAUCGCCUUGAUAGCGAUGGCUAUCAAUUCCUCGCCCAAGCAGAGGCUCACACUUUCGGGGAUCUACAGAUUCAUCAUGGACAGGUUUCCCUAUUACAGAGAGAACCGGCAGGGCUGGCAAAACAGCAUCAGGCACAACCUUAGCUUGAACGACUGCUUCGUGAAGAUACCGAGGGACAAGAUCGUCGGAGAGGAUAACGACGAGGACCAGGCUGGGAAGGGCAGUUACUGGACCCUGGACCCGUCCGCCAAUGAAAUGUUUGAACACGGCAAUUACAGGAGAAGGAGGAUGAGAAAGCAAAGAGGAUUCGCGCAGGAUAAGCAGGAACAAGACCAUGGAACCAUUUUGGUUUCACCGGAACCGCUUCCUAAUUUGAAGAGGCGAGAAGGGAGGAACGAAUAUAAAAUAGUAGAGGCGAAGGAUGACGAAGAGGAAGCACAGACCGCGAAAGUGAAAUACACAGAAACCCAAGGACACUGCGUAAAAUCGAUGAUGUUCACUAUCGAGAAUAUCUUGCGGAAAUCCACACGGGAUUCUGCUACCUAGCUGUUCGAGUUCGAUGAAUCAUAUUGUCAAUGUUCACUCCUUUUUUCGGGGAAUCAUAGGAAUUCGUUUGUCUCCUGGCACUGCUCAAUGGGCUCGUAAUGUAUAUUAAUGCUUCGGCUAUGCAGUUAAUUGAAAUAAAUUAAGAAUCUUCUGGUAAGGAUGAAACGUGCAGGAAGCAUAAAUUAAGAAAAGUUACUUUCUGUGACGCCCCGUUCGUUUAUUACAAAAAUGUUUCUAUUUUAUACAGUGGACGUUGGUGUAUGAAAUUUAGAAUACAGCUUAACCAUUAUCCUGAAGUAUCAUACAGUAUGUACAAAAUUAUAAAUUAAUUAACGCACGUAUAAGGAAGACAAUUGUACAGAAGAAUUGUUUCAGUGAUCUUGUGCUGUGUGUCUAAAUGUUAAAAAAGAACGUAGUUCAAAUUGUAUCUAAGUAAAAACCAGU